AUGUUUGGCCUACCUCAACAACAAUCUGAAGAAGAAAAGAAGUUGCACCAACAACAAUCUAACCAAACUUUGGUGAACGCUGCUUAUGCUGCCGCCGCUCUUUGGUUGUCUCCAAUAAUCUGGAACUUCGUUAAGAAGCAAUUUAAAUAA